AUCUUUGGGAUAUCUUUUCAUGCAUUACCACAAUCAUUUGUGCCAGAAUACGGUUUUAUUCCAAGCUUUCUUGUUGAAACUUGUGAAUAUUUGGAAGAACAUGUCCAUACUGAGGGACUCUUCAGGAAGUCUGGAUCUCUUGUUCGUUUGAAAGCUUUAAAGAGUAAACUGGAUCAAGGUGAAAACUGUCUCUCUGCUGCGCUGCCAUGUGAUGUUGCAGGGCUUCUUAAACAGUUCUUCAGAGAGCUCCCAGAACCCAUCCUUCCACCUCAUCUGCAGGAAGGCCUUUUCAAAGCUCAGCAGCUAGGAAAUGAGAAGAAAACUGCAACUGUGUUGCUGUCCUGUUUGAUGGCUGAGAGAGCUAUUGAAGCUUUGAGAUACUUUUUCAACUUUCUGAGAAUUGUGUCUCUAAGAUCGAAUGAAAACAGAAUGGAUAGCAGUAAUCUGGCAGUGAUUUUUGCUCCUAACCUCUUGCACUCGAAUGAAAAUGAGAAGAUGUCAACCAGUACAGAAAAAAAAAUUCGCUUGCAAGCUGCUGUUGUGCAAACACUUAUUGACCAUGCAGCAGAAAUUGGACAAGUACCAAAAUUUAUUUUGGAAAAGAUUCCUGCAAUGUUAGGUGUUGAUGCCUUUCAAUCUACUCCGUCGUUAUGGGGCCCUGAAGACAGUGAAAAUGAAUCUCCCAGUGAAUGUAAAAAGAGGAGACACCGAAGUGUUGGGGAUAUUGUUAGUGGAGCAUUGAAUAAACUUAAAUCUAACAGAACACCCUCCACUACACCUCAACAAGACAGAAGUGUCCUGUCAUCAGUGACUCCAGUGCUUCUUACUCCAAGUACCAAGCGUAAACUUCCAGCUGAUUGCUCUCAGGGCUUGUCCAGCAAGAAGAGACGAUCUUUUAAGCAUAGUUUUGCUUUUGAGCUAUUACCAAGUAGUAUUUUUAACAGCAGCUCAACACCAGCAGCAGUUCAGUUUGAAGCAAGCCCUUGUGUGUCUCUUGAGUCAUCGCAAAUCUCGCUGUCUCCUUCAACUGUUGGUGAAAAUCAUCUGUCUAGUACAGGGAACAGAAGAAGUAAAAGAUAUGCAAAUAAAAAAAUAUACAGGGCUGAAUCAGGAAAGACAGGUUGUUUUUCUCCAAAGAUUAGCCGAAAAGAAAUGGUUCGUAGGUCGUUACGCUUGAAAUUUGGUUUGGGGAAAAGCAACAGAGAAAUGAAUGUUGUAUCCGGCUGUGCAGUUGGUAAUAGAUCUGAAAAUAUUGGAAGACGUCUUGCAAGUCAGCAAGGAUUGGAAGGCAGAACUGAAUGUGCAAAAAGAGAUGUACUCUUCAGCCCAUAUGUCAGUGAAAAAUUCCCCAAGAAAGGUUCAAAGAACGUGAGCAACUCAGGAGAAAACUUGCUAACUCCAAAAUGUCUCGAUAAAGUAGUUUGCCAAAUGUCAUGGAGUAGUCCUACUAUUACAGAUUCCCAGGCAAUCAGCAGCAAUGAGGGAAUUCUGCCAGGAGACCCUAAAAGAGGAGCUGGAUCUUCAGAACCUGUUUUCAUAUUUGGAAAGGCAUCAGUUGUUCCAGGUGAAUUCAAAUCCACAACUGUAAGCAAACAAGACAACCGUUCAGAACUUUUGCAUUGUGAAGAGGAAAGUAAUUCAGCUGCAGAAACAUUACUGAAAGUUAAGCAAGCCUUCUCUGCAUCUGGAAGUAAUCUUCACAAUUUGAUAGGUGAUAAAAAAUCUUCUCUCUCAGAAGUAGUGGGUGGAACAUCAAAUGAAAAUAUGUAUCUGACAGGGCUCAGUCCAGGGAAAGAAUUGGUAGCUGAAGAAGUUUCUGGAAGUCUAGCAAAUACAAAAUCCAUAGAGCUGUUGCACCAAUUUAAUCAUUCUGAUGCAACUGAUAAACAACAAUCAAAAAAAGACGAAAUUACAGGUUUGGAGGAAAGACAUUUCAAAACUUCUAUUGAGAUUGAACUUCAGGUCCAGAAACCAGAUAUAAAAAAUGUAACAGAACUUCCUGUGCCUCAGGUAAUAGCCAGAGAAGACAAGCUGACUGUUCAGAAGAGUUCAUCAAAAGAUGCCUUAAACAAAUUAGAUUCCCUUAGAAGAAAAGAGGAAAUGGAGUUAACACACACACAGACAGCAGAAAACUGUGUGGCAAAAUGCUGUAAUUUAGAAGAAGAUACUGUUAAACUUCCUGUGGCAGGACAGCUUCCUACUUCAAAGUUGCCUAAAUCGCAAAAUGAAGUUGGCAACCAAUGCUUGCAAGCUGAAAAUUCUGAUAAAACUUCAACUAGAGCAUCAACAGUUUCUGACCAUGGAAAGGUUUCUGACCACAUACAAUGGUUCAACAAGCUUUCCUUAAAUGAUCAAAGUUCUGCAAGCAAAACUAAACCGCCUCUUAAGUUUCAGCGUACUCCAGUUAGACAGUCUGUAAGAAGGAUUAAUUCUUUACUGGAGGCUAACAGACCAUCUGUGAGCUCUCAGCUGCUUCAAGCAAGUAAUGUUGGUUCACCACUUGUUAAAUCUUUGAGCUAUGAUUCUGCACUAUCCUCCUGCACAGAAAAGGCCUCAAGGAAUUCCAUGUCUUUGACACUCAGGAGCGAAAGAACAUACAACCAAGCUUCUAUAUCUCAUGAACAGCUAGACUUAACAUCCAAAUCAUGUCGCAGGCAGCUAAAUCCAUCGGUCAAGCCUGAUGCUUCUGUUAGAACUGCUGGAAUCAAUGAACUGAAAAUGACUGUUCAUCCAUCCAAGUCUGUUCUAGAAGAUCUAACCAAUCAUGAAACAGUGAAAUCAAGUUUAAAAGUUAAUGCAAAUAUAAAUAUUACAGGUGCUGCCCCAGAAAAAUCUACAAUCACAAGAAGUGCUCCAGGAAAAGGAGUUCAUUAUAGAGGCUCUCCAAAGAAUCCAAUAUCUAAAGUGAAACUGCUACCAGCUGCAAAACCAGUAGACUUAUAA